UCAGCCCGGCCCCUGCCUCCCUGAGGAGUCAGGGUUGAGGGGAGGGGGCUCCCGUCAGGAAAGCGCUGGGGGAGGGGCGGCGUGAGGGUGACUGAUUUCCUUCCGGCACGCCGCCCGCUCCGGAGUGGGGGGGGGCGGGGGGUUUCACUUCCGGGACGGUGUUCCGGCCCAUUCCGGCCCAUUUCCACCCCCGGAGCUCUCGCCCCUCCAGGGCCGACGCUAGAGAAAGACUUUACUCCAGGGGCUUCUUCCUCACUGGGGAAUUGCUGGAAAGAGCAAACAAAAAGGCGCUGGUGUAGGCUCCAAAAUAAACAUCUGAAUUCGUGAUGGCAUCGACAGAGGCUCUUAAUGGAUUAAAAGUUUCAAAACAAACAAUAACGCUUUGGAAAAAGCAGGGUUGAAUGUCUGCCUGUACUUCCAGGCAUGACCAUGGAGAAAAGUGGGAACAUACAAUUGGAGAUCCCUGACUUCAGCAACUCUGUUCUGAGCCAUCUCAACCAGCUGCGAAUGCAAGGCCGUCUCUGUGAUAUCGUGGUCAACGUGCAAGGACAAGCUUUUCGGGCUCACAAAGUAGUUCUGGCUGCCAGCUCUCCUUAUUUCCGGGAUCACAUGUCCUUGAAUGAAAUGAGUACUGUGUCCAUUUCUGUCAUCAAGAACCCUACUGUUUUUGAACAGCUCCUUUCUUUCUGUUACACAGGACGGAUAUGCCUGCAACUAGCAGAUAUUAUCAGCUACCUCACAGCUGCUAGUUUUCUGCAGAUGCAGCAUAUUAUAGACAAAUGUACACAGAUCCUAGAGGGCAUUCAUUUCAAAAUUAAUGUGGCUGAGGUUGAAGCAGAAUUAAGUCAAACAAGGACAAAGCACCCAGAGAGACCUCCAGAGUCUCACAGGGUUACACCACCUCUAAACCGCUCACUUAGCCCACGACAUAAUGCUACAAAGGGAAACUGGAGAGGACAGGUCAGUGCUGUGCUGGAUAUCAGAGAGCUUAGUCCCCCUGAGGAGUCCACCAGUCCUCAGAUAAUUGAGCAGAGUUCUGAUGUAGAGAGCCGGGAGCCCAUUCUUCGAAUCAACAGAGCAGGACAGUGGUAUGUGGAAACAGGAAUAGCAGACCAAGGGGCGCGGAGCAGUGAUGAAGUUAGGGUUCUUGGAGCAGUGCACAUCAAAACUGAAAAUCUGGAAGAGUGGCUUGGGCCCGAGAAUCAGCCUUCUGGAGAAGAUGGAAGUAGUGCAGAAGAAGUCACAGCCAUGGUGAUUGACACCACAGGCCAUGGUUCUAUAGGACAGGAAAGUUACACUUUAGGGUCUUCAGGAACCAAGGUAGCUCGGCCAACCAGCAGUGAAGUUGACAGAUUUAGUCCCUCCGGCAGUGUUGUUUCCAUGACAGAAAGAUACAGAGCCAGAAGUGAGUCUCCUGGGAGAGUGGAUGAGCCUAAGCAACUUAGCUCCCAGGUAGAAGAGUCAGCAAUGAUGGGAGUUAGCGGCUAUGUGGAGUAUCUCCGAGAACAGGAGGUAUCUGAGCGUUGGUUCCGGUAUAAUCCCCGCCUCACCUGCAUCUACUGUGCCAAAUCUUUCAACCAAAAGGGAAGUCUGGACCGCCACAUGCGUCUGCAUAUGGGAAUAACACCCUUUGUCUGCCGCAUGUGUGGAAAAAAGUAUACCCGGAAAGAUCAGCUGGAAUAUCACAUCCGCAAGCACACAGGCAACAAGCCCUUUCACUGUCAUGUUUGUGGCAAAAGUUUCCCCUUCCAGGCCAUCUUGAAUCAACACUUUCGAAAAAACCACCCUGGCUGUAUACCCCUGGAAGGGCCUCAUAGCAUUUCUCCUGAAACAACUGUCACAUCCCGGCAAGCUGAGGAAGGGUCACCUUCUCAAGAAGAAAUGGUUGCUCCUGGGGAAUCUGCCCAGGGCUCAGUGUCUACUACUGGGCCAGAUUGAAACAUUGAGGGGGAAGGGGCAGACCCUCUUCCCCUCUGGGCGGUAAGCAGCCUAUAUCAAAAUCAUGGGCUGGUACUUAGAUUGACAAAAUGCCACAUCGCUUGACUAGAAGAUGUUCCCAUGGUGUUGCCAAAUUAGAGGAUCAACAUGCAGAAAGAACGAAAGGCUCUUCUCCUCUUUCCCACCUCACUCACACUUUGGAAAAUAAUCAAGCAAAUCAGCUUCUAAUUCAGGGAUCAACAGCCUUGGUUUGUUAACUUUAUAAGAAAAAAAUGUUUUUAACUAAA